AUGCCCGGGGUCCUGCCGAGUGACAGCACCGGGCCUGCCAGAGGGAGCCCCUCGAAGAAGAACAGGCUUUCGCUGAAGCUCUUCCAAAAGAAGGAAGCGAAAAGAGCGCUGGAUUUCACAGAGUCGCAGGAAAAUGAGCAAAAGAGUCCCGAGCUCAAAGGCUCUGAGAUCGACCAGGUUGUUCCUGCAGCACAGCCUCCCUCCCUGGUUAGCUGUGAGAAAAAAGACAACAUGCUGCCUUUUGUGGGCUUGAACAAUCUGGGUAACACUUGUUACCUGAACAGCAUCCUUCAGGUAUUAUAUUUUUGUCCUGGCUUUAAAACUGGAGUAAAACAUUUAUAUAAUAUAAUUUCAAAGAAGAAAGAAUCUUUGAAGGAUGAAGGAGAGCAAAAAGCAGAAAAGGGAAAUUGUAAAGAAGAUCCCCUGGCAAGUUACGAGCUGAUCUGCAGUUUGCACUCCUUGAUUCUUUCAGUUGAGCAGCUUCAAGCCAGCUUUCUCUUGAACCCAGAAAAAUACACAGAUGAACUUGCUACUCAGCCACGAAGGCUGCUGAACACCCUCAGAGAGCUCAACCCUAUGUACGAAGGCUACCUGCAGCACGACGCCCAGGAGGUCCUGCAGUGUAUCCUGGGCAACAUCCAAGAAACAUGUCAGCUUCUGAAGAAGGAGGAAUUGAACAAACUGCCCGUGGAAGAACCUAAACUGGAGGAAAAGCCUCAUCAGAGUACUGAGAGCAAUGGGACUGGCAGCCCUGCUGAGGAGGAGGAGGGGGUACCAAGCAGCCACGCUGGUGAGACAGCUGAAGACAAGCUCCUCAAGGGAAACGGGAAAAGAAAAAGUGAUGCUGAGGGUGGCAACGCCAAGAAGAAAUCCAAAGUCUCAAAAGAGCAGAUUGCAGCAGAAGAAAACCAGAGACAGACCAGGUCAAAGAGGAAAGCAACGGGAGAGAAGCUGGAAAAUCCAGCUGAUGCCAUUGCCAAGUGCCCGGGGGAAAACGAGAGCGCGAAGCCGACGCAGAAGAAGUCGCGGCUUAGGUUAAACUGGUUAAAGUCUUCAUGCAAGCAGCCUAGUAUUCUGUCUAAAUUUUAUAGUCUGGGAAAGUUAACUACAAACUUGGGAUCCAAGGACCCGGGGAAGGAACACGACUGUGAGCUCCAGGAGUCAUCUGUGAAGUGUGAAAAUGGGAACGGUGUUAAAGAAGAGUCUCAGGAACCAGCGUCUCCUGGGGAGAGCCAUGGUGAAAAAGGAGCUGAAAAAGAACCAAACAAGGAAGGUACAGAGCUGGCUGUUUAUGAAUUGGUAGAGAAGCUGUUCCAGGGCCAGUUAGUGCUGAGAACAAGAUGCUUGGAGUGCGAGUGCUUCACUGAGAGGCGAGAAGAUUUCCAGGACAUCAGUGUUCCAGUGCAAGAAGAUGAGCUUGCUAAAACUGAAGAGAGUUCUGAAAUUUCUCCAGAGCCAAAAACAGAAAUGAAGACUCUUAAAUGGGCAAUUUCACAGUUUGCAUCAGUGGAAAGGAUUGUGGGAGAGGAUAAAUACUUCUGUGAAAACUGCCACCACUACACCGAAGCAGAACGCAGCCUUUUGUUUGAUAAAAUGCCUGAAGUUAUCACGAUUCAUUUGAAGUGCUUUGCUGCUAGUGGCUUGGAGUUUGAUUGCUAUGGUGGACUGUCCAAGAUAAACACUCCCUUGCUGACGCCCCUCAAACUGUCCCUAGAGGAAUGGAGCACGAAGCCAACCAACGACACCUACGGGUUAUUCGCAGUGGUGAUGCACAGCGGCAUCACCAUUAGCAGUGGACACUACACAGCCUCUGUCAAAAUCACAGAUCUGAACAGCCUGGAGCUAGACAAGGGAAAUUUCAUCACUGCCCAAACGUACGACGCCAUUAAACCAGAGCCCCUGAGCGAGGAGGAGGCGAGAACUGUCGCCGAAGACUACGACGACAGUGAAGUCUCCUUCAGAAUCAAUGGCAACGCCCAGCCAGGGAAAGCUCUCAACAAAAAGAGCAUGGAGGCUGUCGGCCUUCUCGGGGGGCAGAAGAGCAAGCCUGACUGUGACCUGUACAACAGCAAACCGCCCAACCCCGAGAAGUUCCUGAGCGUGGCGAGCGAAGCCCGGAACGCCGAGCCUGGCAGCAGCCCCGGGGGCGGCGCGGAGCACGGCCAGCAGGAGGGGGCUGCUGCCCGGGGCCUGGAGAACAAGGCUCUGUACGUCCUGCAGGGCCUCAGGGAGUACGAGGGUAAGUGGCUGCUCUUCGACGACUCAGAGGUGAAGGUGACAGAAGAAAAGGACUUUCUGAAUUCGCUUUCUCCGACGUCGUCGUCAAUGUCGACUCCUUACCUACUGUUUUAUAAGAAGAUUGUAGAGUGA